GACCUGGGCGCCCCCCCCGCGACGCGGCCCACGGUGGGCACCAACCUCACUGACAUCAUGGCCCACAGAAAGAUCACCAUCCGGGAGCUGGGGGGGUGCAUGGGCCCCAUCUGGUCCAGUUACUAUGGAAACUGCCGUGCACUCCUGUUUAUGAUAGAUGCCUCCAACCCCACCCAGCUCUCUGCGUCCUGCGUGCAGCUCCUGGGCCUCCUUUCUACAGAACCACUUGCAGAAGCAUCGGUCCUGAUACUCUUCAAUAAAACUGACCUGCCCUGUUAUAUGACCAUAGAGGAGAUGAAGUCGUUAAUCAGGCUCCCAGACAUCAUUGCAUGUGCCAAGCAGAACAUCACCGUGGCAGAAAUCAGUGCCCGGACUGGCACUGGCUUGACAGGAGUGCUGCACUGGCUCCAGGACACCCACAGAACUGGCAGGUGACUGUUGGGUGGAGAACAUGGCUGGAGGGGUCUGUGGGGCGCAGGCAGAGGAUGGCCCUGCUUCACCUCGGGAGGUUCUGAGGAAGACCGGUGAACCUACAAGGCUGGCUUCUGUGCUGAGUUUCAAUGAUAGGUAAACUGAGGUACCGAGGUUACAGAAACUUCUGACAGCAGACGUUAGAAUGAAAAGACUUCCCAGGGCUGGGACAGCAGGACCGGCCAACCGGUCCUCUGUUCCUGAGCACCCAGGGCAGGGUUCCCACAGGUGGGGAGGGCAAGGAGAGGCUCUGAUUGAGCACGGGUGCCAGUGAGCUCUUGCCAGGUCCUCAGGGCCAUGGCUCCCCAGUGUCCCACUGUGUCCCUCGAGCUGGCAGAACACCUGUUGAUUGGUGGAUGUGUCCUGGGAGACCCGUAACAAAUUACCAUAAACUAGCAUAAGACAGCCUAAGUUUAUGGUCACCGUUCUGGAGGUCAGAAGUCUGAAAUCAAGGUGUCUGCAAGGCUGGGUCCUCCUUCUGGAGGCUCUGAGGGAGAAUCCAUUUCUUGCCUGUCGUCUGGCUUCUAGUGGCUGCGGGUAAUUCUUAGUGUCCUUGGCUCGUGGCCGGCCAAACUUGAAAUCUCUGCCUAACAUGGUCUUCUCUUGUAAGAACACCUGUCUCUGGACUUAGAGCCCACCCUAAAUCCAACAUGAUCUUAAGAUCUGUAAUUACAUCUGCAAAGACCCUUUCUCCAGAUUUCAUACUGGCAUGUUCUGGGAGUUACAACUUGGACUUACCUUUUUGGGGCCACUGUUCAACAUGGUGUAAUUAGGUAAGGAACCCUGUGCCCGAGUGUGGUCUGAAGCCUUAGGCCUUGCAGUGCUUCUGGCUCUUUGCUCUGCAUGGCCUGCCUGUCACUGCUGGGUGCCACCUUCUGAGACGCCACCAAGCGUCUCCACUUCUUUGGUGAGGUCCGUAUAGAUGUCAGACAACUUGGGACCCAAAGAAAGGGCUUUCAGACAUCCCCCAAUUUCAGGACUUGAGCAAAGCCCGGUUAAAAGCAUGAAGUGUUAGAAGAAUGUCUCUCAUCAAUUCUUCAGCUAAGGGUGUAAGAUCCCAGGAAAGUACUAGGUGUGAACUCUAGGACAUACCUACAGGGCAACAAUAGGCAGGAAGUUCCCCCCGUUUUACUGUAAGUUUCUGAAUUAUGUAAACCAUGUUUUACAUAAUCAAAAAAUGGACUAAAAGCAAAAAUAGCAACUUAAAACCUGAAAACAAAAGAUCUUAACUGUAAAUCAAAUCAGUACCACAACCAGAGAGAAAAGAACCUUUUAAGGUGACAUUUGAACGGCCUGUCUUUAGUUGGAUAAGAGCAAAAACGGAAAAAAUGUUAAACUUCAUUCUGUACGUUGUGUUAAUACUCUUCCUGUUAGAGCUACUUUAUGUUCAUUGUAGAAUAAAGUAUAUUUGUGAAACA